CGAGGGGUUCUAACAGAACUCUGCUCAGGCACCUGUUACCCCGAUAAUCCCAGCACCCACUCUAUAGCUUUGGCCAUAAAAUAUUCCAACAAGUUUGAGCACCCUCAUAUUACCUCAACCAUAUACAACUUCCUUGAUAUUGCCAUGUUUUCCAGAAAGAAGAGCGAUAAAAAAGUGGAGCGUGAGCUCUUGGACAUGUUGAACUCGAAGUACAACCGCAACCUCUGUGGGGAAUGCAAAGCCGUGAACCCCACCUGGGCGAGCUGGAACUUGGGUGUUUUUCUCUGUGGCAGAUGUGCUUCGCUUCACCGAAGACUCGGCUCCGACCACUCUAAGGUCAAGUCGUUGACGUUGGACAGCUGGACAAACAGCGAACUUGACACGCUCGGUUCUAUCGGUAACAAACGGGCGUACGACAAGUGGAACCCGAAGGGCGAGCCGUUUCCGUUUGACGAUGACGACGACGCCUUGCUCGAGACCUACUUGAGAGACAAGUAUAUCCGAGGCAGCUUCAGAUACGACGAGAUCAGUCCCCGUGACUAUGAUAAGAACGCAAAAGAGACCAGAGGGGAAAGCGGUUCCCGUUCUCGAAGCUCAUCCAACUCUGUGCCACGACUUACCCACAACGCCCAGUUGAGUGAGUACCAGAGACAAAAGUACUACCAAAACUUUAUCAAGGUGACGAACGAGCUCGGCUUCCGGAACCCCGAUGACGAUGUCUACGAGGCGUUGCACUUGGCCAAGAAUAAGCUCCCUGUGGCGUUGGAAAUUCUCGCGAGAGAUGGCAGCGAAAAGCCCAAGUUGCCCCAGAGACCAGGCUCCAACGCCUCUUCUCAGGGCAGAACCGGCUCCACCAGCAGUUUAUCAGCUAACAACCCUAUGCUCGCUAGCAUAGCCACCAACAAAACCGGCACUACCAUUCCUGACACAACCUCUGCCGAGUGGUGGAAGAGCACCGGCCAAGCACCAGCUCAAGCACCGGCUCAAGCCGAUCCAUUGGCCAACUUGCAGCCAUUUUUGGACCCAGCCACCGGCCUUGUGAUCUAUAUCGAUCCUAUUUCAGGCCAGCAGUACGUGGAUCCUAACCAACAACAGCAGUUCCAAAUGACCGGUGCCACAUCACUCGGGUUUGGGAACGGUGUCCAGCCACAGAAGACGGGCAUAGACAAGAAGGAAAUUUUAAGCUUGUACAGUAAUCCGACGGGCCAGCAGCAGUUCACUGGUACCCAGCAAAGUCUGUUUGCCCAGCAAACUGGUGUUCAGCCACAAACCUUUGUCCAGCCGCAAACACAGUUUGCUCAGCCACAGCAGACAGGGUUUCCUCAGCAAACGGGAUUUCCUCAGCAAACGGGAUUCCCUCAGCAAACUGGAUUCCAACAGCAGGCGGGCUAUUUCCAACAACCUCAGCAGUUUCAGCAAGGCCUGCAGCAGCAGCAGUUCUAUCAGCAAAACCAACAGACCGGGUGGCGUUAAGUUUCUCAGGUUUGAACGUUGGUCAUAUAUCACAGUACGUCCUUUAGACUAAUUUAACGAUGUAUGUAUAUUCAUGAGAUUGUAUUAAGGUCUCAAUAGAAGCUCCAAUAGAGUAUCAACAGAUCCAGGUCUCUGAAGGAAGUUCAAUCCAGUUUUAGACCUGCGGGCUAAUGGAUAAAAAAUUAGCUAACUUGGGAUGGUUUUAUAUAACGACACCCUGCCUGUUACUACGUUGCAGUUUCUAUCAACGGGCUAAUCGCAUUCAAAAUCUGCCAAAGUCUUGACGAUUUCGUCUCAAUUACUCAAAAAUCAGUUUAAACUAAAUGGGUGUAAAUUGAACAUUUCCAGCAUGCUAUGGACGUUACGCCCGAUUCUUC